AUGAAGUUCACCUCCAGUGCCGGCAGUACUGGCACCGAAGCACCAUCCCCUUUCAUGAUAUCUUCUCCAUCAUCACUCCCUUACGACUCGGAGUACCCUUUUCCCCUCAAUGUGCGAGCGGACUUAUGGUAUAGUGAGAUACCCAGUCUCGUUCUGUACAGCUUGGUGUUCUUCCUUAGCAAGCAUUAUAUCACGGUAGCCAGAGAUAAGACACCAGGCACCGGAGGACAACGAGUAUAUUGCCCAUUUCGUUACUUUGCCUUCUUUGCCUCUGUGUUGAGGCUGAAGGCACUUCUAUCCUCUCGGCCUUAUCACACUUAUCUCAUGGACUGGACAAUACCUUUCUGUCGCAUGAAGAUCCCAAUCUCUUCUCUGGGCAGUGAGCCUAUAUAUCCUGCCACUCUGCCAACACCACCUAUUCCCCUCACUGCCCAAGUUUGCACAUCGUCAAACUCGCGGCCAACCCGAAAGGAUCAUGGCAAUCACAACUCGCCUUCCUGGGUGUUUCAGACUGGACAUCCAUAUUGCCCGACUUCGAGCUUGAGCUACGAAUUGCAUAUCAUUGACACUUCUGAUACUGCCUCGACUCUGACGGAGCACUCCAGUGGCGAUGGCGAACCAUCGGACCAGCCUACUCUUGAAACGCGAAGCCAGGAGGAUAGAGAGGGCGGCCUCCAACAAGAGGUAGAACUGAGGGUCACUUGCAACCUGAUUGACUUUGUUGUGGUUAUUCUUACUUUGGUUAUCUGUGCCCUUCUCAUGGCAGCGGUGCGACAGAACGUCAACCAGGACAGCCUAGUUGCUCCAGCUGAUAUGCGGUUCAUCCUGGUAUUAACCUCUACCGUUACUUUUCUGGAGGGAGCAAUCAGCAGAACCCAAACAGUGUGUCGAGGCAAACAGACAAACCACAGUGUCAGGGAGUUGAAGGUUGUCCUUGCAAUAAGAGCUCGAUCCGGUUUUGGGUAG